AUGGGUGAAAUGAUUCUUGAGGCGUUGGUGGCUGCCGAUGCGUUCCAAGAGCAGCACGAAAUCGAAAAGAUCUACAAGGCCGAUCAGACUGGUAUCAACUUUGAAUACAUUCCCAAGAAGACGAUCCGAGCAAAAGGAACAGGGGACGGUCUGGAUAAAGGGAUAUGGACAUGA